CAUGCAGUGCAUACCGCCGUGGCGCUGUGCGUUGGUUGGGAUAAAAACCCUCUCAAACGACUCGACGCUGUAAAAGGUGGCUCUCCACUAAGUCAGGAGGCCGGCAACUCACACCAAUUAAGCCGAGGGCGCGCGCGUGGAUGCGGAUUCUUUGGAAAGCGAGGAAUCACAUCGGCGUCAUACUUGUCCGCUCCCUGACGCUCCAAGAGGCCGCCGGAAGGAAAGUUAUGUGUCUGUCGCCGUGAGCCGCGGGUGUUCGCACGCCAGCCCACACCGCGGACGCCGCACUACUCGAGGGGCAACGUGGCUGGAAGCGACCGCCUCACGCCGCACGAGCUGGUCCUCGCAUAGAUUUAUCUGCAGUACUCAUUUCGAGGACUUUAUUCUCUAUUGCAAGCGGAGGAUUUCACUCUAGAAAGCUGUACAAGAUGCACGCAUCAGGGAGGAGAGCCACUCUGACAGCGCUGGUUUUCAGCGUUCUCGUACUCGGUGUGUGGAGUCAAGAGAGUGCCACGAGGAACUACGAGGAGGACCUGCGAGACAUCGGGCAGGUGGUGAUCAGAAAGUUCUUUCCCAUUGUCUCGGAGCUCGUGACGAGCCCCGAGUUAUCCGUGGACUGCUCAUCGAGUCUACUGAAGACGUUCUCAGGACUGCGGCAACACAAAGCGUGGGCCUAUCGAAUGAUCCUGUCCAACGCCAUGCUGUCGAGCAACGCUCUGGAGGGAACGUACGUGGCCAUGGGAGGUUACGACCAGUGCCUGCGCACGCGCGUUUACCUGUCCGACGGUGAGCUGGACUUCAAGGGUCAGUACUGUUCGCUGUUCUACAUGCUGCCGCCAGCGUACUACGAGGCAUUCAUCAAACGCUUCCACGAGAUUGGAGAGCUGACGGGCCGGAAGGAUCCUCUCACAGCAACGUCGGCCGAUGAAUUUCAGAGUGUCGACACGAGAGGCGCCCUCUGUACACCCUCAACCUGCACUGAAGAAGACAUGACUUUCAUUAUCCGAUCCAUAUUGACCCUGUAUGGUGGAAACGCCACCGUGAUGCACUGUCGGACAGACGACCCAAAAUCACUGAGCACAGUCCAUAUCAUUUGCCUAUCAAUCCUUGGUUUUCUACUACUGCUAGUUUUUGUCGGCACAGGAACUGAGUUCAUAAUUAUGAAAAGAUGCCCAAAAAAGAAACAUUCUGCUGGCGGGCCUCUGAGGCUAAUCUUGUCCUUCUCAGCUAUCACGAACACGUGGUAUCUGCUACGGAUGGAUGUAAAGCCAGAGCGCAAACCGCUCAAAUUCAUGGCUGGCCUGAAGGUCAUCAUGGCAUUCUGGGUUGUAUUGGGCCACACCUACAUACUUGUACCGACUGGAUUCUUCCAUUCUGUUUACACCAUGGAGUACAUGACAUGGAACGUCACGUUUGAGUUUAUAAUCAAUGCUCUCCUGAGCGUCACUACGUUUUUCUUCAUUAGUGGUUUUCUACUUUCGUACCUGGUAACAGAGUCUCGGUCAGCUGUCCUGAAGAAUAACUUGCUGAUGGUUUACAUAAGCCGAGCAGUUCGCCGUUACAUCAGGCUAACCAUCCCCACGCUGGUGGUGCUGGUCGUAGGACUGCUGCUACCUCUCACGGGAUCGGGCCCCGCAGACGAGGACGCCUACAACCAGCACAUCAGAAGCUGCUACCACAACUGGUGGAGGUUGAUUGUACAAGCACAGAACUUUGUCGAGGAGGGCCAACUGUGCUUCCAGCAUCUGUGGUAUGUCAGCACAGACCUGCAGAUAUUCAUGUUCAUUGCUUUCCCGCUGACUCUCCUGCUCCUCAAAUACCCGAAGACAUCCCACGUGAUCGGCGGAAUCGUGGCUGUGGCCUUCUGCAUCCUGACAUGUUUCCAAACACAUUCCUGGAACCUUUUCUAUAGUUUAACCGGUGGAUCAAAUGAUAUGAGGAAAAUACAGAAGACACUUCUGUACGUGUACAUCCGACCGUUCACCCACGUGGCCACUUACAUCGUGGGCAUUCUCUGCGGCUACGCAGCGAGUCAACAUAAGAAUAAGCACAUCCACUUGUUGCUGCAGGCUCUCCUGUGGUGCCUGUCCCUGCUCCUCGCCUGCCUGGUGAUGUUCGUCCCCCUGCCCUGGAACCAGGGCAUGCUUCCCGGCGACGUGAGCAACUACAUGUACGCCGGCUUCCACCGAAUAGCCUGGGCUCUCGCCUUCUGCUGGCCAACGUACGCGUGCGCAACAGGAAGAGGCGGCUGGCUGAACAAGAUCUUCUCGUGGAAGUUCUUCAUCCCGCUGUCCAGGUUAACAUUCAGCAUCUACCUUGUUCACGUUCUCAUCUUCGUCGUUCGCAUGAUUCGUCUCCGGACGUACAUUAACACCGAUGAGUUCUACCAGUUGAACACCGCGCUGGGUGUCUUCGCUCUCAGCACCGUGUUCGCCUACGUUCUGCAUAUACUCAUCGAGGCGCCCAUUUUUCAACUUGAGAAAGUCAUAUUCGAGCGAAAACCAGAGGAACACGUGCCGCCAAUUAGCGUGAAGCACGUGAACGGCGUCGAACAUGCAAACGGCUUUGAGCAAGCAACCAGCAAGGACGAACUCAAGAGCAGUAUUCUCUAAGUUUUCAUUUUCAAUAUCCCAGGGCGGCGUGGCGCCUAGAAGCAGCCAUUGCACCUUGCUGAGCUCUCAGCCUGAUAAGACCGGAGAAAUUAAUGGAAGUGCGACUGCCAUUUAGUGAUUCCACCGAGUCACCUGGUCAACGGCUUAUCAUAUACAAUACAGGGUGCAUGAUGACGUCAUGAAAGCAAUGGGCAUCUGUAAAUGUGAAUACUGAACGAAAGAGUGAGAGAGACGUCUGCGUCUUAAGAGCCAUCAUGAAGUACAACGUAUUAUCUUAGA